ACAAGUGGCUCAUAUGAUCACAAACAGGCACAAGUGGCUAUCUCAGGAACCAAUAAAGGACUUUCAGCUUAUGCAACCGGAACCAUUGGACGCGGGGGUGCGUAAAAAUCCCCCAGCAGGAAUGCCAGACGCAUAAACCGAGGAAGACGCCCAAGCGAGCAAGUUUGGAGACGUAAAGUCGACAGUAGAGUUUACACCGCGCCGCCCACAGCCUGUCACUUAGCCGGAGUCAGAUUGCCGCCGUCGGAGUUGUUUGGAGCUCAGACAGAUAGUCCGUGCGUAAAAUCAACCAGACGCAGCAGUGGUGCCAUGACAUGCAGGACACCACGCGCCAACUCCACGGAAAAUCCUCCUCCUCCGCACUGAUGUAUAGCACCGGUACGAUCAUUUCCCUCAAAACUGACCGUAAUCUGAAGUAGAGGAUGGUGGGUUCGUCCAUCCCUCUCCAUCGGUUCAGCUGCGCCGAAGAACGAUGCUGAGAAAAUCAGCGGCGGGGUUUUCUCCGACAGCUACAACAUCGACAGAGAUUCUUUGGACUCCAACCUCGAGAUUUUAAAGCAGCCCAUCAAUCAUGGAGAGCCUCAGCGAGCUUCAAAACCCCCUGCUGGACAAAAACAGCAUGCAUGCGGUUCAGAGCGACUACCAGGGCUACCAGUGUGACUACUCAAACCAGCCAUACCAGGACAGUUUGAUCGAUUAUUACUACACUGGGACCAGCGGGAAGCACAAGACUUCCCAAUUCUUGGACGCCACCUCUCUCCAUCUGGCUGUGGAGGCUUUCUACAGGCCCAACUUCAUCCUGUUCAAGGACGACGUCAGCCUUCAUAGCAAGGACUCUAAAAACGAGAGCUUUGAGACCACUUUCACAGAGAUUAAAGAUACUGUUUCAUAUGGAGUUUCCUCAGAAAACACUGUGGACAUCAACCUGCAGGGAGAGAAGGACCUGAAGAUCCAGACGGUGUCAUACGAGGUGGAGGAGGAGCAGUGUCCUGAGUAUGAGAGUGACAGCUCCAGCGAUAGUGAAAGUGAGGACAACUUCAUCGUGCUUCCCCCUCGGGACUACUUGGGCCUGACCAUCUUCUCUAUGCUCUGCUGCUUCUGGCCACUGGGCAUCAUUGCCUUUUACUACUCUCACAAGACAGGCAAGGCCAUUGCUAAGGGAGACUUCUCCAGAGCGGGGAUGAGCUCCAGAAGAGCCCUGUUCCUGGCCGCCCUCUCCAUUACGGUUGGAACAGGGAUGUACGUGGGGGUUGUUGUUGCCCUCAUAGCCUACCUGUCCAAACCUGGACAUGUAUAGCACUGGACCCAACUGCUGGCGGGGUGAGAUUAGUAACAGGAGGCGGCAUGAGAGGAGGGGAAAAGCUGGGCAGAUCUCUGUUGCCUCUAAUAAACUUGUGAUGGAGAAAAUGAAAACUGUAUAGAGAAAUAUGUCUAAACCAGAGAGAGCAGAUGAUGGAAAUACUCCAUGUGUGGACGGAGCAUUACUUCAACCACAUAUUGAUCCAAACUGAGUCUUUAUUUCUGGUGCACAGCAUUUCCACCAAAGGAAUAAGAACAAUAAACACUGUUGGAAAAAGCAAACUGUCUGAAAACUGAACUCAGAAAAAAUUAGCCCUCUUUAUCCUAAUAGACUUUCACAACAACUUAAUGUGAACUUUAGAAAAGGUGUUUCAUCUGUUUAUCAGUGUCUUAGCAACUCUGUAAAUAGAUUUAUUGUUAAAUGGUAAAGUCAGAUUUUAUGGGAUUGUUUUUCUUUUCUUGGGGGAUAGACCAGUAACGGAUCACAUCACAGAAAAGAAGAGAGAAAAAGACACCAGACAGAAAGGACAUGAUGGUAAUUUGUGUCUGUUGUGUGCUGUACAUUUAGUCAUUAAAUGCAUUUGGCAUGAAUAAUGAAACA